CCUCAUCACAUAUACCAAUCUCCCAUCCUAAAAAUAUCAUUUUACUUCCCAACACAACCUCCAUCACUUUAUCAUAGCAAAAAAAAUGGUCUCUUCCAUAGCUGGUGUUAAUCUCACAACUCCAACAAUCCUCUCCAAAUCAUCUGGGUUCGCGAAAAUCCAUGCGUUCAACUUCUCAACACUAAACAAUCCAUGGAAGAACAAGAACAAGAACUCACCUCAAUUCGUGUACAGAAAGAUGUACGUAGCACCAGUAGCAGCAACACCGGAUAACAAGCUAUCUGAUUUAGUCGCGGAGAGUGUUAAGGAAGUCGAACAAGCUUGUGCUGAGAAUCUAGUUAGCAGUGAAUGUGCAGCAGCAUGGGAUGUUGUGGAAGAGGCAAGUGCAGCAGCAAGUCAUGCAAGGAAUUGGAAGAAGGAAUCAUCUGAUCCAUUGAAGAAUUACUGCAAGGAUAAUCCGGAAACUGAUGAAUGUCGUACUUAUGAUAAUUGAUCGAUAAUUCUCUGUGGUGUUUGCGUUUUCUUCAAAUGGUAAUUUGAUAAGUAAUAAUCUGUGUUUUCAAUCUCCAUGAAUGUCUCUUGCGACAGUUUCAAUUUAUGUGAUAUAGUUUGAAUCAA